AUGGAAUUAACCUUCACAUCUGAAGAAAUUGACAAGUGUCUAAUUCUGAAUAAAUACAAUGAUCAAAAGGAAUACAGCCAACAACAGUUCUUAAAGAUGGUUCGCGAUAAAAUUCACAACCUUUGGAACUGUGUAUUCAGAACUGAUACAAAACCUGUAAAAUCAGGUUCAUCCAUCUACUUCUAUCGGAAAUGUGAGUCGUCGAAUCUCACGUCACAUCAAAGUCAUAUCACUGUAAAUGUAAAUGAAAGUGAAGUGAUAAAUGAGAAUUUGAAAAUGACGGUCAUCCAAUUAAGUCCACCACUUCAUAUUAUUACUUUAAUUACUGCUUCUGAAUCUUAA